AUGUGUCCGCUUCUUGUGAGACAAAGACAAGGCCAAACUAUAAAGAAAAGAUUAGGCAUCUUUGAUGAUAAACCUAAGCCUAAUCUGAUUCUUUCUGAAAAUGAUCCCCUUUAUGGAGUUCUGGAGGAACAUCAAGUAGGGAUCCAUCCUGUUCUAGGAAGACCGAAGAUUGCGUCGGAAGUGUUAGAAGGGAUGCGACAGUAUUUGAUGGUGGCUGAAGGGGAAGAGCGGAAGAUUAGAGAAGAAAGAGUCAGUAAAUCUGUUAGGGAAGUUGAGCUUAACCCUGUCACUAAAAGAAUGGUGCUCAGACUAGAAGAACCACCAGUGAUAACUAAAGAUCUUAAUCGAGGCAAGGGUAUUUUAUUUGAGUAUGAUGCUCCUGAGUCAAACCAAAGUAUAUCCUCUUCAAGAACUGGUGGGCAGAAACUUAUGAGAGCGGCUAUUGCUGCUGGUAGGGGCUCGACCUUCAUUGAGAACCCACGACUGGUCAAUUACAGCUCUGAAUCCAACUUCUCAAAUUCUGGUUUCUCUAUUUCUGAUAACAGUUCGACGGCUUAUAAUAUUGGCCUCUUUGAGGGUGCAUCUUCCGGAACUGUUAAGAAACAAGGGAAACCAAGAAGGAGACCUUAUGUGAAAAAGAGGAAGCUGAAACCGAUGGAGGAGGCAGAGAAAGUGGAUCCUAGUGCGGUGAUUGUGGAGAAGCCUUCGACAUCUACUGAGAAGAGGAAAUCAAUGGAAAUUGCUGAGAACAAAGGAAAAGCCGUGAGACAGAAAACCAAAGGGAUGGUCCCAAAUGAGGGACCGUCCAAAUCCCAAUGA